CCCUGCUGAGGGACAAGGGGCUGUCUGUGCGGUCCCUGGGAGGGUGUGGCGAGGCCCGGGCUCUGCCAACACCGGCAGAAGCCUCGAGGACUGGGGACAUUGCCGAGACCUGCGGCCCAGAGCCGCUGCAGCCGAGGAGACAGCACCAGCUGUGGGUGCUGCCAGAACCUGUGCUCCCUGUGGCCCCUCCCCUGAUCACCAUGGGGACCCUCAGCUGCGACCCUGCUCCACAGCUGACCUCAUCACCCCUGGGCCGGCGGGCCACAGAGUGCCAGAUUCCGGAGACCGGCCUGAGGAAGACUUGCGGGAUGGCCACCUUGGAGAACGGCUCUGGUCCGGGCUUGUACGUCCUGCCAUCCACUGUCGGCUACAUCAACCACGACUGCACCAGGGUGGCCAGUCCUGCCUACUCACUGCUCCGGAGGCCCAGCGAGGCAUCUCCGCAGGACACCAGCCCCGGGCCCAUCUACUUCCUGGACCCGAAAGUCACCCGGUUCGGCCGAAGCUGUACCCCUGCCUACUCCAUGCAGGGCCGGGGCAAGUCUCGGGGUCUGGAAGUGACGCCAGGCCCGGGGGCCUACAGCCCAGAGAAGGUGGCCCCUUUGCGUCAGCGGACUGCCCCAGCUUUUACCCUGGGUUCCCGCCUGCGUCCUCAGCCCCUGGACACCUCAGCCCCUGCCCCCAAUGCCUACACCCUGCCCUCUCUCUGGGGUGCCCAGAUCUUCAUCAAGCCCAGUAGCCCUAGCUACACGGUGGUGGGCCGCACAACCCCUGCCCGCCCCCCACAGGACCCCGCUGAAAUACCAGGCCCGGGCCAAUAUGAUAGCCCAGACCCCAACGCUUACCGUCAGCGCCGGCCUGCCUUCACCAUGCUGGGACGGCCCCGUGCCCCACGCCCCCCGGACGAGACACCUGGCCCUGGCACCCACAGCCCUGAGCAGGUCACCGUGAACAAAGCCAGGGCCCCGGCGUUCACUAUGGGCAUCCGACACUCCAAACGGGCAGCCACCAUGGCUGCAGACACCACACCCUGAUGCUUCUCGGGGACAGGAUGCCAGCCUGGGCUGAGCCUCAGUUUUCCUACCAGAGAAGUGGGGUGUGGGCAGGCCCCUACUGGGCCUGGCUUUGGCAGGAGGCAGGGUGGGGGGGGGCCCUGGAGAAGCCAGGGGAGGGGGAGGUACCUCCUUCCUUCCCCUUUUCUGAACUAUUCGAGGUCCUUCUAGGCCACCUGCUUCCUCCAGUCCCUGGGGGCUGUGACCCCGUGGCACUGUGCAGGGCGCCCCAGUUUCUUCUCUCCCGGUCAUGCCAGGCCAAGCCAGGCCAGGCAGAGAAAGAGACACCCCUGGCCCUCCCCACUGGCUGGCUGGAGACGGAGCUUCCUGUGUCCUAGAACUCAGUGUCCGUCCGCUAAGGCCUGGGUCCCUGACACAGCUCAGGUUUCUGCCAAACUUGGGCUCUUCCCUGCUUCUCAUGGAAGCACAGCUCCCCUUUCCA